GCGGCGUGGGGGGCGGCGCGGGGGGCGGCGCGGGGGGCGGCGUGGGGGUCCCCGCGCGCCCGUGUCUGUUCCCGCGGCUGGGCCGGGCCGUGGCGCGGCACCCGGUGCUGUUCGCGUCGGCGCCGGUGCUGGUGUCGGUGCUGCUGGGCGCGAGCCUGGGCGGGUGCGGCGUGGAGCGCGGCGUGGAGCGGCUGCUGGCGCCGCGGCACAGCCUGGCCCGCGUGGAGCGCGCGCUCGCCGACCGCCUCUUCCCCGAGGGCCGCUCGCGCCACCGCCUCUACGCGGGGCUGCGGACGCCCGGGCGCUACGGCCGCGUCAUCGUCGCCUCCGCGCGCAAGGCCAACAUGCUGGACCGGCGCCACGCCGAGCUCGUGCUCAAGCUGCACGCGGCCGUGACCCGCAUCCAGGUCCCCCGCCCGGGCUUCAACUACACCUUCGCGCACAUCUGCGUCCUGAACCACGACAAGACCUGCGUGGUGGACGACAUCAUCCACGUCCUGGAGGAGCUGAGGCUAGCCCGCGCGGCCAACCGCACCAACUUCGCCAUCACCUACCCGGUCACGCGGCUCCAGGACGGCCGCGCCGUCUUCAACGGGCACCAGCUGGGCGGCGUCACCGUGCACAGCCAGGACCGCGUCAAGUCGGCCGAGGCGGUGCAGCUCACCUACUAUCUGCAGUCAGUCAACAAACUCCACGACGCCGUGGCCGCGCGCUGGGAGUCGAGCUUCUGCGACGCGGUGCGGCGCUUCCAGGCGGCCCACGGCCACCACGUGCGCGUCCUGCCCUACACCUCCGCCUCCCUCGCCGACGACUUCCAGGGCAGCACCCGCGUCGCGGGCCGCUACCUCCUCGCGGGCCUCGCGCUGGCCGCCGCCGCCGCCGCCCUGCUGGGCGGGUGCUCGGCCCCCCGCGGGUGCUGCUGCGGCCUCCGCCGCCGCCCCGAGCCCUGGCUGGGCCUCCUGGCGCUGCUCAGCCUCGGCCUGGCCACGCUCGCGGCCGCCGGCAUCAUCCACCUCGCGGGCGGGAAGUACAACUCGACCUGCCUCGGGGUCCCCUUCGUGGUGCUCGGUCACGGCCUGCACGGGGCCUUCGAGCUGCUCUCCUCGUGGCGCCGGACCCGCGCGGAGCAGCCGGUGCCGGAGCGCGCGGCGCAGGCCUACGCGGACGCCCUGCCGCCCUUCUCCCUCGGCACCGCCAUGCACCUCGCCACCUUCGGCAUCGGCGCCAGCGCCUUCACCGACAUCGAGGCCGCCCGCGUCUUCUGCUGCGACGCCUGCGUCGCCGUCCUCUGCAGCUACCUCUUCCUGCUCUCCCUCUUCGGCUCGGGCCCUCGUCGCCGCGGGGCACCUGGAGAGCCGGGGCGGCGCCUUUCGCACUCGGGACCGGGGCGGCCGCCUUUCGCACCUCGCGACCCGGGGCCCGCGGGGAAGCCGCCCUGGUUCCGACGCCUGCUGCCCGCCGGGACGGAGGCCGAGGCCGCCGCAGCCGCCGCCGCCGCCGCCGUCGAGGGUCCCGGGUUGCUGGGCUCCGCGAUGCGGCGCUACGCGGCGUGGGUGACGAGCACGUACGUGAAGCCGUUCGCGGUGCUGCUGUACCUGGCCUUCGUGUCCUUCGCGCUCAUGGGCUGCCUGCAGGCGGCGCGGGGCUCGGACCCGGGCUCGGUGGUGGCGUCGUCGUCCCGCACCGUCGAGUUCGCGGCGGCGCAGCGCCGCUACUUCAGCGCCUACAGCCCCGUGAUCGGCUUCUACGUCUACGAGUCGAUCGACUACUGGAACGCCACCGUGCGCGACGCCGUGCUGGGCUUCACCGCGGGUUUCGUGCGCCUCUCGUGGCUCGACGGCUUCCUCGGCUUCCUGCGCGCGCGCAACGCGUCCGCCGCGGACCUCCCGCGCCGCAACCUCACCGAGCUGCUGCGGGGCCCCUUCCUGCGCUCGCCGCGGUACGCGCACUUCCAGGAGGACAUCAUCUUCGCCAAGCGCCCGCCGCUGCCGCCGCCGCGCCCCGACGGCGCGGACGCGGGCGGCGCGGACGGCGCGGGCGAGGACGUGGACAUCGUGGCGUCGAGGAUGUUCCUGGUGGCCAAGACGAUGGACGCGGACCGCGAGGAGCUCUACGGCCUCCUGCAGACGCUGCGCCGCCUCUCGGUGACGUCGAGGGUCAAGUUCAUCGCCUUCAACCCGUCCUUCGUGUUCCUGGACCGGUACGCGGCGUCCGUGGCGGCGCCUCUGCGGCACGCGGGCCUGGGCGCGGGGCUGCUGCUGCUGCUGGCGGCGCUGCUGGCGGGCGACGCGGCGCUGGCGCCCGUGUGGGUGGCGCUGGCGGCGGCGUCCGUCGAGUUCGGCGUCGUGGGGUUCCUGGCGCUGUGCGGGGUGCGGCUGGACUGCGUGGCCGUGCUCGGCCUCCUCUACGGCCUCAACCACGCCGCGGGCAGCUGCGCGCCGCUGCUCUGCGCCUUCGUGCCCGGCCGGGGCCGCACGCGGACGCAGUGGGUGCGGCAGGCGCUGGAGGCGCGCGGGGCGGCGGCGCUGCAGAGCUUCCUGUGCUUCGGCGCGGGGCUCUUUCCUCUCGCGGCGGCGCCCUCGAACCUGACCGCGACGCUCUUCCGCUGCCUGCUCCUCGUGGCGUCCGUGUCGCUGUUCCACUGCUGCGCCGUGCUGCCCGUGAUGCUGACGUUCCUGCCGCCCUCGAAGAAGAAGAGGAGGGGGGAGGGAGGGGGGGAGGGGGAGCGGGAGGAGGGGGAGGGCGUGGAAAUGGCGGGCGUGGACGGCACCCGCGUGGUCGACCAGAUCACCACGGUGUGAGGGCGGCGGCGGCGGCGGCGCGGCGUGGGUCUCUCAGCCUUGGUCUCGCCGAGACCCCGAAAAAAAAAGAAAAAAAGAAUAAAAAAGGCACUGGGGGCGGAGGGGGGAAGAAAAUAACGGAGACGAUGAGGCUGUCGGGGGCGGAAUCUUUAAAGUCACGGAAGGAGACGGGGGUCGGGCCCCGCGGCGCAAGCAACGCGGCCGGGAAAUCGUGUUCGCUGUCAUCGGGUGGAUCGAGGUUAAUAAAAAAAAAAAAAACACGGGGGCCGGGGAGGUGGCUCAGUGGUUAGAGCAUCGCCGGCUCUUCCCGAGGUCCUGGGUUCAAGUCCCGGCAUCCACAACAUGGUGGCUCACAGCCGUCUGUGAUGGGGUCUGGCGCCCGCUUCUGGCCUGCGGGCGUAGACACAGGCAGAACGUUGUAUACAUGAUAAAUAAAUAAAUAUUAAAUAAAAUUAAAAAAAAAAACCGAGGCUGGAAAACAGCAAGCGCGCGUGUGUGUGCGUGUGUGUGCGUGUGCGUGCGUGUGUGUGCGUGUGUGAGUGUGCGUGCACACAUAUCCGCGCAUACACAACAAUUUCAGAGGAAGAAUUCAAGAAUCCACAACACGAGGAGUCGAGGUGGGGAGGGAAGAGAUGGGAAGCGCGCGCGACGGCGGCGGCGUACGCGUGCAUAGAAUUCUCAAAAACGACACAAACGUGGAAUAAAUACUAAAAAAACGGGGGUUUAAGACCAGGAAAUUCCACGUCACAGACGCAGUCGGGGAGGCAGAAUGAAGCGCGGAGUCCCUGCUGCGGUGUCUCCUUUUACGGAAAAUAGACGUUUUUCCAUGCAUUAUAUUCCUUUUAUUAAAAUAUUUAUUUAUUUGAAUAUUAUUUUUUUAAAUAUUUAUUUAUUAUGUGCUUUUUUAAUAUUUAUUUUUUUAAAUGUUUAUUUAUUAUGUGCACA